CCUCAUCCUCACCCGUGGUCAUCAGCACAAUGGCCUUUGCUCGCUCCGCCCUGCGAACGGGCACCCUAGCCACCCGCUCCACCUUUGCCUCUUCCUCCCUCCUGCGUCCCUCUCCUACUCCCAUGGCCCUCCCCAUCCCGCCACGACAGAUGUUGCGAGCCCUCUCCACCACUCCCGCCUUCCGGUACGCCACGCCGGUCAGCUCAGGAUCAGGAUCGGUACCUCGCCCCCAAACGGGUCCGACGCAGGUGCCAGCCACUCAAGGGCAGGACAUCCCCAUCAAUGACGCGGCUACGUUGGACUAUCAGGGAGGUCUGCAGUACGAGGUGGACACUAGCAAGGGACCGAGUGGCGCUUAUCCCGAUUACUCAAAGGGACCUAGCGCUUUGGACAAGGCGGGGCAGCUCUUCUUCUUUACAGAGAUUCUCAGGGGCAUGUGGAUCGUGCUCGAGAACUUCUUCAGGCCGCCGUACACGAUCAUGUACCCUCACGAGAAGGGACCCAUGUCGCCUCGUUUCCGUGGAGAGCACGCUUUGAGGAGAUACCCAUCAGGAGAGGAGAGGUGCAUUGCUUGCAAGCUCUGCGAGGCCAUUUGCCCUGCUCAAGCCAUCACCAUCGAGUCUGAGCCUCGUGAUGAUGGAGCAAGGAGGACUACCAGGUAUGACAUCGACAUGACCAAGUGCAUCUACUGUGGGUUCUGCCAGGAGGCCUGCCCCGUCGAUGCCAUCGUCGAGACGCAGAACGUAGAGUACAGCACAGAGUGGCGUGAGGAGCUCCUUUACAACAAGGAGAAGCUGCUUGCCAAUGGUGACAAGACCGAGUCAGAGUACGCGGCCAACCUCGCUGCCGAUCACCUCUACCGUUAAGGUGUCUCGGAACGGGAAGCAGGGAGAUGGGAGCAGGCAAUGUUGGGAGCCACGCGGAGGACACAAGUUGCCCAAGAGAGGUUCGCGUGGCCGUGGAAUGAUCUUGUAACUAGCAAUUUGCACCGCAUCAGGUGCUCAUCGCGGCUCAAUCUCUUGAUUGUCCUGCCGAGAGAAGAGAUCCAAAGAACAAUCUCACCACCAAGACAACUUUUGACAUGCUCGUCGCGGCCGAUUUCUCCUUGAUACUCUCGCCAUCAAAACAUGUAAAGAACAAUCUUACAACUAAGACACCCCUCGGGCCCAUUGUGUCGAUCUGAGCGUGAGUGGAAUGUCUUAGGUCCGCUUGACUUCCGAGGGCGUCGUGCGAUAGAAGCCUUGUCCGACUCCGAAUUUGGGCGUUGGUUGAAUCGGAACAUACCAGACGGCAGCAUCGCCGUCGUCGUCGUCGUCCAAGCGG